CCCGCCGGAAGAGGCGUCGCCGCAUCCCCGUCCGCAAAGAAACAGGGCGACCUGUAAAACACAGAAUAAACUAUGAUGUUCAGACGAUGCAAAGAUUGUAAGGGUAUCUUUCUGGUUCCUAUUUACCCAGAAGAUAGCAGAUAUGCUGAGAGCCCCAGCGCACUUGGUCAUCAGAAAUAACACUUUGAUCAACAACAUUUUGAAUAGUCAAAAGAUAAAGAUGUCCCACCACAAAUCUUCUCGCAGAAUUGAAGGAUUGGACAAGAAUGUUUGGGUGGAAUUUACUCAGCUCGCUGCUGACUAUUCUGCUGUCAACCUGGGACAGGGAUUUCCUGACUUCUCGCCUCCAAAUUUUGUAAAAGAAGCUUACACAAAGGCCAUCAAUGGUGGUCUGAACCAGUAUACCAGGGCUUUUGGUCACCCUCCGCUGGUGAAAAUCCUGGCAAAGUUUUUUGGGAAAUUAAUGAGCCAAGACAUUGAUCCAUUCAAUGAGGUGCUCGUGACAAUUGGGGCAUACGAGGCCCUAUUCUGUUUCUUUCAGGCCAUGGUUGAUGAUGGGGAUGAAGUGAUUAUCAUUGAGCCUUACUUUGAUUGUUACGAGCCCAUGGUUCGAAUGGCAGGUGGGCAGCCAGUGUUUAUUUCACUGCGUCCGAAACCAGUAUUUGGAAGGUUAAUGACUAGUGCCGACUGGGUAUUGGAUCCUGUUGAAUUAGCAAAUAAAUUCAACAAACGUACUAAAGCAAUUGUCAUCAACACUCCAAACAACCCUCUUGGCAAGGUCUUGAAAUGUGAAGAAUUGCAGGUGAUCGCAGAGCUCUGUGUAAAACACAAUGCCUUGUGUAUUAGUGAUGAGGUGUAUGAAUGGCUCGUGUAUGAUGCAAAUGAACACAAGCGAAUUGCCAGCAUGCCAGGGAUGUGGGAGCGAACAGUCACUGUUGGAAGUGCAGGAAAAACAUUCAGUGCUACAGGAUGGAAGAUUGGAUGGGCUAUUGGACAUAAAGACAUUAUCAAACACUUACGGACAGUCCAUCAGAACUCGAUAUACCAUUGUACUACUGGACCACAGCAAGCAGUAGCGGAGGGAUUUGAGAAAGAAUUUGAACUUCUGGGAGCACCAGAAAGUUAUUUCAUCAGUUUGCGUAAGGAGUUGCAAUUGAAGCGUGAUCGCCUUGCUGCCUGUCUUGCCUCUGUGGGGUUGAAGCCAAUUAUCCCUGAGGGUGGCUACUUCUUGAUGGCCGACAUCUCAGAAGUCAAUGUUGACCUGCCAGAAUGCACCAAGACCGAGCAGCCAUAUGAUCAUAGGUUUGUGAAGUGGCUCACAAUCAAUAAGGGUUUGGCCACGAUUCCAGUGUCUGCUUUCUACUCAACUGAUAGCAAAAAAGGCUUUCAGAAUUUCAUACGAUUUUGUUUUGUUAAGGAGGAUGCAACGCUAAGCAAGGCUGAAGAUAUCCUACAAGAGUGGAGCAGGACCAGGAAGAUUCAGUGAUUAUCCAAUAAAGUAGAUUAUUAGAAACAAGGAACUACGGAUGCAGGUUUAACUCAGCGGGUCAGGCAACACCUCUGGAGAACCUGGAUAGGUUAUGUUUGGGAUCGGGACCCUUCUUCAGAUAAUACAUUUCUGUAAAUGUAUUACUUACUCUUUCACUUACUGUGAUACUUGUGUUUGUAAUGAAAAGGCCUCUGGUCCACAGUGAUAUUAUCAAUAGAUUAAAAAAUGACCCUAAAUGCUACUUAAAAUUUCUCUUUCUAGCUUUAUUAUCAAAUACUGAUGUCAUGAACAAAAAAAACAUAUGGCCAAAUGGCCCGUAGACUCUGUUCCUCCAUGACUUGGACGUAAAUGUAGACAGGUUGGCUAGUAAGUUUGCAGAUUGUGGUCAUGGAUUGUGAGGAAGCCUGUCAAAGCAUACAACGGGAUAUAGAUCAGCUACAGAAGUGGGCAGAGAAAUGGCAGAUUGAGUUUAAUCCGAGCAAGUGUGAGGUGUUGUCUUUGUCAGGACAAAUGUAAGGGGGAAAUGGCAUGAUCCUUAACAGCAUUGAUAUACAGAGAUAUCUUGGGGUCCAAGUCUGUAACUCCCUGAAAGUGGAAACACAAGUAGAUAGAGUGGUUAAAAAAAAAAUCACAUGAUAGUUUCAGGUGAGAACAAAGUUUAAAGGAGAUGAGUGGGGCAAGUUUAAAAAUAGUUUUUUUAACACAGUGGGUGGUGAGUGUGUAGAACGCAUUGUCAGGGGUUGUGGGGCAGACAGAUACGACAGUAGCAUUUAAGAGGCUUCUGGAUAGGCACAUGGAUAUGCAGGGAAUGGGGGGAUAUUGAUUAAGUGCAGGAUGAUAAGGUUGGUGUUGGCACCAUGUUCAGCACAGGCAUUGUGGGUCGAAAGGACUGUCCUAUGUUCUAAUAGAUUUUUUAAAAUUGCCAUACUUGCAGGAAAAAGACUCUGGAAGUGUAAUUAAUAUUAUUAACAAUUUAAAAAGUAACCACGACAAGCAGGUUACGUCAUGUAGCUUUAAAAAAAAAAAUCCUUGGAAAAUGAAAUAUAAUAACAAUAUCCUUCUGCAACAUACUCAGAAAAUAUAAAAAGCCAGGAAAGUAAUCAUAAAGUUACAUCCUCUGCUUGAUGAAAGCGAAGCUGUUAAACUUCAAAAAUGACAGAUAACUUGACAUUCAUAACAAGUCCAAGCAGUUAUGUCACUCAUCAGAUAUGAAAUAAAAUUCUAUAAAAUCAGGACAAUGGAAUGACCUGCAAUGUUUAAAAGAAAGGCAGGAAAAGAGAACACAUCUUCCUAGUCAUCUGUUUCCCAUUUUCCCUUUUCUCUCAUCAAUCUGCUUUUGAGACCAGCAUCCUGUGCCUUUCUGAAACACAAUGAUCUGAAAUGCACCUUCAUGUUGCUGCAGUUUACAUCUUGGAAAGGAUAUAUCUAUAUGGCCAACUUCAUAUUCAAAAAAAGUUCUGGACUUCUUAGGUACAAUCAUACUCAGGAAUUCAUUAGAAGUGAGAUUUUCAUAAUAUAGUAUUUCAGUAAUUAGACUGGAAUCUUGCUUCUGUGAUGUAUCUCAUAAGAAAGCAAAGAUGCGUUUUUUUUAAUUCUGGCUGAACAUGGUUGCAAAUGUUUCACCUUUGUUUAAGCACUCAUGCUACUCGCAGUUCAUAACUAGAUAUGAUAGGACUGCAAAUGUUUGAUCUGAUCCAUUGUUGUGAUAUCCCUUAGCUCUGCCUAUUGUAUGGCACUUUUGUCGUUUAGCAGGCAAAUAGUCCAGUAUUGCAGUUUCAUUAGGCUAGUGCCUCAUCAUGUUUAGUGUGCCUGGUGCUGCUCUUUUGAACCAUCAAUGAUCUAGGCUUGUUUUUAAUAAUAGACUGAGGAAUAUGCCAAACUUUUUGUUAAUCUGUAUUCAGUCAAUUCAUACAACUGCUUUGGAAGAGUCCUUGCCUGAAGCGUCGCCUAUCCAUUCCCUCCACAGAUGCUAACUGACCCGCUAAGUUACUCCAGAACUUUGCAUUUUGCUCAAAAUUCUAGCAUCUGCGGGUCCUUGUAUCACUGUUUAAUUGCUUGCCCAACCUAAGGAAAUCCUAAAAUGCUUCACAAUUAUUACCAUUGUCAAUACUUUUUUAAAUUAACUCAUACAAAUGUUCUUCAGUUUCUUGUUAGCUUUAAAUGGUAAUGUAAUACUGUAUCAAUUGUAUUUCAAGGCUAUUAUUUGUAAAUCUUUGUAAAUUGGUAAAUAACUAAAAUAACAGAUUUUAAGAUUUCUAUGGUAAUUUGAAGCAUUAAGAUGUCUGUAGAUACUUACCAGAUGCAAGGUCUAAUUUUAACAUCCCCAGAUCUUUUGAUGUAUUUUUAAUUCAAUAAAAAGAGAAGCCCCAUGUAUUGCUGCUGAUUCUAUACAGAAGCAGAGUCAUGGAAGGGUUGACAUGAAUUUGCUUUGAUUUUUAUUAACACAUGAAUUAAUGGCAACAUGCUGAGAACUUCCGUUU